GUUGCAGACUUUUUUGUGUGCAAUAACUCUACUCUGUCCCUCCACCUAUUUCACAAAUGGCAAUUUGCAAUUGCCUAAUUGCAAAAGUACCCCUCAACUUCUAUCCACUUUUCCCUUCUUAAAUGCUUUUUUCUUUUAUUUUAUUUUACACCCCUUCUCUACUUAUAAUAACUCUUAAUUUCUCUCUCUCAUCUCUCUAAACAAAUUUCACAAGCAUGAAAUCCACUUCUCUCACUAUAAUCCUGUCUUUCUUGCUCUUCAGCGCCGCCGUCUCCUUCGCCGUCCGACCCGAACCCGAAUCGGAGACCCGCCAGCCCGCAAGCAAGAAGGGUGGCGGAGGAAAUGACAACUCCGGGGGCGGGUUCAACAUUCCUGGUUUCGGGUCCGGAGGAGGCGGGUUCAACAUACCCGGUUUCGGGCCUGUGAUCGGCGGCGGGUACGGAUCCGGGUACGGGAGCCCGAGCGGAGGGCGUUCCAAAAAUGGGGUUGUUAGGUCUACCGUUGUGUGCAAAGACAAGGGCCCGUGUUACAAGAAAAAGCUGACGUGUCCGGCCAAGUGCUUCACCUCCUACAGCCGCUCCGGUAAGGGCUACGGAUACGGCGGCGGAGGCGGUGGCUGCACCAUGGAUUGCCAGAAGAAAUGUAUUGCUUAUUGCUGAUCACUGGAGACGAUCAUCAAUAUAUAUAUAUAUAUAUAUAUAUAUAUAUAUAUAUAUCUCUA